AUGACCUUCUCUUCGCCUUCCAAGGUCUUAUCUUCGCCCGCCAAAAGGAAUCAAUUGCUCUCUAGUCCAGAACGAAACAUCGCCGCAUCCUUUCUUCUCGAUACCCGAAAUAAUGAGCUUAGUCACCGAGAUGCUCUGGCGGCAGCGCAACUAGAACACGAGCGCGUGCGUCAAGCAGCGAUACGAGUCUACGAGCUCCAUGAGCUGCAAGAAGAGCACAAGCGCAUACUUGCUGAAGAGCGCAAGGAGGAGGAGAGAUUAAGAGCUGAGGCCGCUGUGGUUGCGGAAGAGAAACGGCUUCGGGAACUCAAGGCAAAGACGGUUCCCAAGUUACCACCGGAGCCAGCGCCCCAGCCAGCAUCGCCAGCCAAGCAAGAGCCUGCGAAAACGAAUGGCGGCGCAACUCCUGUCAACAACUCAAAACAACCUGAAGCUUCCACGACGCCCGCCACCGAAGCAAAGAAGCCCGCUCAGCCUGCAGCUCCAUCUCCUGCCGCUGGACUUUUCGCUCAGAAUAAACCGAGCAAUCCAUUUGGUACGACACAACCACCUUCUCAGAGUCCAUUUCAAAAACCAAAUGGAGCGGUGACACAGCCUACAAGUGUACCUGCCGCUACUAAAACCACCCCUCAGCCGGUCUCCAGGCCUGCCGCACCAGUCUCACAAUCUGUGCAAGCCAAGUCAGCUGCCAGCGUCGACCGCUAUGCUCAGAUCCACCUAGAGUUGAAGAAAUUGCGAAAGGACCUUCAGGCGCAGUCAAAGGUUGCCGACUCGCCCCUCAAGGGCAAACUCGGUGCUGCUCGAAGAGAAAUUCGAGUAGCUAUUGGUCAACUAACGGCCGGAAAGGGAGCAAACAAUCAACCUAUCAACAAAAUCACAGGCGCGCUCAAAGAGGCUUUGGAGGGUCGGAUCCCGAGUCCUCCCAUCGAUGUCAGUGCAUUUGUGGUCGAUAAGAGAGAGCCUGUUGAAGGCUCCGCAAAUAACGAUGCCACCCUUCCUUCACUCUUUAUAUAUCUCAUAAACAUCUGCGCCAAGGGUAUUGUGAACCAGUUCAUUAACGAAGGCGGCGCAAACCCCAAGGCUGCGGACCCUGUUGGCGUCUUUGCUGCCCACAUCUUCUCGGCGAAAGAAUUCCAAUGGCGAGGUCUAUCCUUGAUUGAUAUCCUCAUGGCCAAAUAUCGAAUGGUUUGCCCUGUCUUGUUUGGUUACAGGGGUAAUGACAAGACAGAACGCGGGCGCGUCGCCAUAGGAUGGAAGAAGGAUGGGCCGUCAUGGAUUACGGAACAAAGUCAUAAUGACAGAAUGACUGGUUUAGGUGCUGGAUUUGCUUCUUUGUCUCUAAGAGACUUCAGCAGGUCAUCCAAGAAGAACCCUUAUCCGCCAACAAACUACUGGAAGGCGCUUGCCUACAUCGUCAACUCACCACCCAACGAGACAUCAAACACUCAAUAUGUGGUAUUGCGAUCCAUGAUCCAAGGCCAUGAGCAGCGCUUCCUCAACUUUUAUGGGAAUGCUGCGUUAGCGGCGUUGCGGCUUGCACUCAUCGAGUUCCCAAAGAAAGCACCCCAAAAUGCCAGUGCUGCUGGCUCCCUGGCUGCACUAGCAGACGUACUCAAGACCGAAUCGGGGCUGAUCCUAGUAUAA